UAUUUUGCUAUUAAAAUAUUGGACUAAAUAUUCUUAGCCUUCUUGCUUUUCCUGGUUUUUCAGUAAAGGAACGGGACAGUUAAUGAAAGAUAGUGAGAAAGAGAGAGCAAGCUGCUAAGUGUACAUGCUAACUGGAGCUACAAACUAUUUUGGCCUACUGUGGCCUGCAUUCAUACUCCUGGUCUGCACAUGACGUUUACAUUACUGCAGCCGGGGCCUGACUCUAUUUUUGUUGUUGGGGGCUUGUUUGAAACAGGCUUUCUUGACCUCAUGUGCACUCAGAUAUCAGUCAACAUGCACACAAGCACCUCACCUCACCCCUGUGUUUGCUGCCCUCCUCUCCUCUUACGUGUUUCUCUGCACAGCAACGCAAAAACAUGACCUUCCAGUUAUGUGUGUUGUGUUUUUAUAAAUCAGAGACGGUCAAAACAUUUAUUACUCUAUGGGAAAAGUUUUGCACAACAGUUCUCAGACUCUCAGACCUGCCCUGUCGUGAUGUGGACACACCAAAACACCAAUGAACAGGUCGUUAAAUCAUUAUGACCCCCUUCGUUUUUAAUUAAAUGUGUCACUUCUGAUGGAAUAGAGUUUUUCAAAAUCAGUUCAUUCAUGCAGAAAGUUUUGGCUUCACUUACUGAUCUUAUGAGAAGUGAUCGUUUGAGUCAUUGGAGUUUAAAUUAAGGCGAUAUUGCUCCCUCUAGUGGUGGCAAAUAGAAUCCAGCGAUUGAGGCCAGGGGAUGAUGAAAACAUAAUAAAAAUAAAUCAUACACUAUUAAUCCUGACAUAAAUCACAGCUUCUCCCUCUGUUAUUGUGAGACACACAUAGGCCCAAAAACAGGACCCACAGACAGACUGAGGGGCACCUGGGCAAUACACAGGCAGUGAAAUGGCACCUCUCCCGCUUCCCCUAUUUUCUGCAGUUUAUACCUUUUUUGUCCUGCAUGCAAUUUGCCUGAAUGUGCGCACACUCGUCUUUUUUACCUCUCCAGCUUCUCCAAUUCCAAACUUGGUCCAUACUGGGACUUGAACCGGUGACCCUCCAGAUCCCAACACAAGUCCUUCUGCAGAAUAUGAAUGUGUUGGACAAGAUCAUCUGAGUUGUUGUUUUGUUUUUGUCUUUGCACUGUUGCUUUGUUUUGUAGUUAACAGUGAGUGUACAUCCAUGCCUCUUCCCGUUCCUUCACACUGAGGUUAACGUGUCUCUGUUUCUAUGAAGAGCGAGCACAGAUUAGACACUGGACUCGGGCUGCAGAUGACAAAACCUCAGGGUUGCUGCUGUUUAACUUUUUUUCAGCCGCAGAGGAAGAGGCGGAAAGGUGGGUGUAGAUCCUAAAGGACCAAUCACAGGUGGUCAUCAGGUCAGUACUUAUCUGCACACUGUCCCGCGCUCUCUGAUUUUUUAAUCUUUGUCUUCUGUGAACUGUGGUCCUUCAACAAUCACAGCAUGACGACCUACACAGAUAAAGGAGAGAAGCCCGAGAGGGGGAAGUUUGUCAGGUUUCAUCACAUCACCUUCUGGGUCGGCAACGCCAAACAGGCAGCUUCUUUCUACUGCGACAAGAUGGGCUUCGAGCCGCUGGCCUAUAAAGGUCUGGAGACGGGCAGCAGAGAGGUGGUGUCUCAUGUCAUCAGGCAGGAUAAGAUAAUGUUUGUGUUUCAAUCUCCGCUCAAUCCGGGAAACGAAGAGAUGGGAGAGCACCUUAUGAAGCACGGAGACGGAGCCAAAGACAUCGCCUUCCAAGUGGAGGACUGUGACUUCUUAAUCAAGACAGCGAGGGAGCGAGGAGCCGUGGUGGUGAAGGAGCCGUGGGUGGAGAAGGACAGCCAUGGGACGGUCAAGUAUGCGGUGUUGCAAACGUAUGGAGACACGACACACACACUCAUUGAGUACCUGGGUCCAUACAAAGGCCUGUUCCUGCCCGGAUACAGAGAGCCUCUGUUCAGAGACCCUCUGUUAGCUACACUUCCAGCUGGAGGUUUGAACUUCAUCGAUCACAUAGUGGGAAACCAGCCAGAUGAUGAAAUGGUGCCAAUUUCAGACUGGUACCAGAAGUGUCUGAUGUUCCAUCGGUUCUGGUCCAUAGACGACAAACAGAUCCACACAGAGUACAGCUCCCUGAGGUCCAUAGUGGUGACCAACUACGAAGAGACCAUCAAGAUGCCCAUCAAUGAACCCGCCACAGGGAAGAAGAAGUCCCAGAUCCAGGAAUAUGUGGACUAUAAUGGAGGACCAGGUGUUCAGCACAUCGCCCUCAACACGUCAAACAUCAUUCAAGCCAUAGUGAACCUGCGAGCCCGAGGGAUGGAGUUCCUCGCAGCGCCUGAUGCGUACUACAAGAGCCUGCGGGAGAAACUCAAAACCGCCAAGAUCACGGUGAAGGAGGACCUCGACCGUCUACAGGAGCUGAAAAUCUUAGUUGAUUUUGAUGACAAGGGCUACCUCCUUCAAAUCUUCACCAAACCCGUGCAGGACAGACCCACGCUUUUCCUGGAGGUCAUUCAGCGGAACAACCACUUUGGCUUUGGGGCGGGAAACUUCAAGUCUCUCUUUGAGGCCAUUGAGAAGGACCAAGACGCCAGAGGCAACCUCACCGUGCUGACACCUGAAGGACAGGCCAAAGUGUUUGCCUGAUCCUCCUCCUCUGCUGCUGCUGCCAAAGCUCACUUAAACUAUUUUAUAUUCAUAUGUAUAUUCCAGAGGUUAUCAACCACAUCAUCCCUCCACUACUGUAAAACAAUAAACCACCUUCAGAGGGGUGAAGAGCUUCAUGCAGUCUAUGGAAAAUGCUUUCAGAUACGCUUCUGUUCUUCUUGCUGUGUGAAAAGAAAUAAAGACACCCUGCUUCAUGUGAUGUAGCAUUACAUGGUCAAAUUUAAAGGAAUAGUUACCUGAUUAUUGACUUUCUCAUACAGUUAGGUA